CGGCCUCUUCUUCACUACGACUGCCGACAGUGUCAUGGACCGCGGCCCCAGCCACCUGUCGCCUGGCGGACGCGCAGAUGGCGCAGGCGACAUCGAGUCGGUGCAGGCGAUGAUCGUCCUUGCGUUCGCGUAAGUGCCUGAGGUCUUUGCGCAUUUGAUCUUGACUCACCUGCCAUCCUAAGUGACAUCCAGCGCGACAACCUGCUGCGCGCGUGGAUCGGAGUUGGCAUGGCAGUCAGGCUGGCGCAGGAGCUUGGCAUCGACAGGUGCGACUCGAGCGGCAAGUCGCUUGCGCUACGCGAGCAAAGCAGCACCAGCCGCAUGGGGAGUGCUGCCAGCACGCCGGCAGCGCAGUAUGCCAGCGCGAGCGGCGACACGGAGAUGAAGGCCGCGUCGCCGGCGGGCGGACGCGCGGCACAGCCUGCGAUGUCAGCCCGUCGCCUGAGCGAGCUAGAGCAGAUGCGCCGCCUGACGUUCUACACGCUCUUCUGCCUCGACACAUUCCUGAGCGCCUCGCUCGGCCGUCCGUCGGCGCUCCGCCGCGCCGACUUCACUGCGCUGCUGCCAAAGGUGGAGGACGACGACAUGACGGAAUGCGAGAUCGUCGAGGCGCACGUGCCGCCUCCAGUGCGCGGCGGACGCAAGCCUGCGCCACGACGUGUGCGGGCACGCGUCAUCUCGACGUUUGUCGCGCAGAUCGACCUGGCGCUGAUUGUCAACGACAUGGUGGCGGGCAUCUCGCUGCCUGGAGGCCUCGUCGGCGAAGCUGCUGCGUCCGUUGCGGCGGGCAAGAUCAACGAUAUCGCUGCUCGCCUGCACAAGUGGCGCACUUCGCUGCCGCCGCAUUUGGUCGGCGUUGUCGCCAGUAUGCCAAGCCCUGCGUCUCUCGCGGCCCCCCAGGCGCCCACCCAAGCCCAACCGUGCCACGCCUAUCACCUGGCGCUGCUCACGCACUUUGCAUUCAUUCUCGUGGACCGCGCGGCGCAGUGCGUCGUCCGGCACGACUGGACGCCGCCAUCGGCAGUCUCGCGGCCUCCACCCGUGCAUCUGCCGGUCAGCGGCCUUGACAGCCUAUGGAGUGCCUUUCCGUCGCGGCCGGGCGAUGGCUCAGGUCCACGCGUGCCGGGCCGCUCCGACUGGAAGCGCGUCACCAUCGCCAGCCCUACGUCGGACGGUGCGCUGCCGCGUCUGCUCGACCGCUUCUGCGAGUGCUUCGGCCCGUCGCGUCUGCCGCCGUUUGCCGCCUACUUUGCGCUCGCCGCCGCCCACUCGCUGCCGUCGCCCACGGCGGACAACGAGCAGGAGUCGUGGGAGCUGCUGCACCAGGUGGCGCACGGCUCGGCCGCCAAGUGGAACACGGGCAUCGCUCGAGUCUCGCGCGUGUUGCCUGCGCUUCGCCGCGAUGCCUCUCGCGGGAGCGUGCGCGCACAAGACUCGCCCAGUCGCCCGCAGCUGCCCGCGCAGCAGCCGGCACCGACGCCUGCCUCGUCUUCGCGCGAGCCGGUCUCGCCGCACACUCGCCACGACACGUCGCUGCAGCCGUUCGACGGCUCGUGGGCCAACUUCGACCAGGGCACGUUCGACCUCACCGCGUCAUUCGACCAUCUGCAGGACGCGCAUGCGCUUGCCUACGCGCUCGGCAUCUCGCAAGGCUCUGCAGAGCCGGCCAGCAACGGGCAGGAGCUGUCUGCGGCGCAUGUUGCCGACCUGGACAUGCGCGACUGGGGCACGCAGGACACGACGCUGGCCAGCCAGACGCCGAUCAGCGACUCGGCGAGCAUCUCGGAGUGGUUCGAGACGGGCCUGUCUACGAACGAGGACCAGUCUGGACUGCUCUUCCACCUCGGCCUGCGGCAGCCGCAGUCUGUCUCCGCUGCCUCGGGCGACGUCUUCUCCGACUUCUCGCUGGGCGAGCCGGCCGGCGGGAUGCUGGCGCACGCCAACACGUUCGGCCGCGCACCGUCGAUUUCGACGCAGCACAACAUGCUCACCCAUCCCAUCCAAGGCUACGACGCGAACGGCGCCGCGCUGCAGCUGCCGCCGCCACCCGCGGCCAUCGACCAGAGCGGCGCAGACGCGAUGCAGAUGCACCCGCACCCGCCGCCCCACGGCGACCUGAUUGAUCACUACGUCUCGCGCGGACAAGCAUAGCCGCAGCCUCAAGACAAUUUCCCUCCUCACCCUCACGCUCUGCCCCGGUCACGCUGUAACAAUACCUCAUGUGCUUCCUUUGGUCGCCGCACUAUAUCCUGAACGCUGCGGCAGCGUAGCUGUUCGGCUCGCAAUGCGCAUGACUGCUCGAGCUUGCAGCGCGUGAGGGAC